AUUUUGUUUUCAUUACAGGAGUUAUAUUUGUAUUGCAUGGAUUACAUGUUCAUAGCAUAAAUUAGGAUUCCAUUACAGGAGGCAGCUGUCAUUUGGACUGACUUCAUCCAGACCAUCAUAAUGUUGAUAGGAGCACUCGUCUUGGCAGUCAUGGCGUUCAUGGAGGUGGGAGGUAUUUCCGGGAUCAAAGCGAUGUACUCGGAUGCUGUCUCCAACCACACGCGCCACAGCGAGGCGAACAGCACAUGCGGGCGACCACGUGGGGACUACAUGCACCUCUUCCGGGACCCUGUUACCGGAGACAUACCCUGGCCAGGCCUGGUGGGUAUUACAAUCAACUCCAUAUGGUACUGGGGUUCGGACCAGGUAAUAGUGCAGCGCGCCCUAGCGGGAAAGACGUACGACCACGCAAAGGCGGGCACGAUCCUGUGCGCGUACAUCAAGAUACAUCCGCUCUUAAUGUUCGUACCUCAAGGCAUGAUUGCGCGUAUCCUGUUUCCAGAGACCGUGGGAUGUACCGACUCGGAAAUCUGUAAAGAAGUGUGCGGCAGUCCAGGGGGCUGUUCCAACGUAGCAUACCCCACCCUCGUAGUUAAACUACUUCCUGCAGGUGCGCGCGGCAUGAUACUCGCGGUGAUUAUGUCAGCGCUGAUGUCAUCGUUGACGUCAAUAUUCAACAGCAGCAGCACCAUAUUCGCCAUGGACAUCUGGACCCACAUCCGGAAGAAGGUGUCCGAACUGGAGCUUAUGAUUGUGGAAAGGAUGUUCGUGAUUGUCCUCGUCGUUAUAAGUACCAUCUGGAUCCCGGUCCUGCGGUUGACUGGUACCGAGCUCUAUGUGUAUAUCCAAGAGGUUUCCAGUUUCCUACAGCCACCUAUAUGCUGUAUUUUCCUCCUGGCCAUAUUUUGGCCUCGCCUGAACGAACAGGGCGCGUUUUGGGGCUUAGUUUUUGGUAUGUUGGUCGGCCUGGCCCGCUUCGUGGGCGAGUACUCAUUCAAGGCGCCCGUAUGUGGGGAAGAGGACACCCGCCCCGGCAUCAUCAAGAACUUCCAUUAUCUAUACUGCUCAAUAUUUUUAUUCGUUGUUACCGGGAUGGUCGCCACUAUCGUUACUAUGGCAACCAAACCCAUAGAUCGCCGAUGUUUGUACCGGCUCACAUUCUGGACGCGUCACAGCAAGAAGCCGCGCCUGGAUAUCGACUCCGUGCACGCGGACUACUCGAGCUCGAGCAGUGAAACCUCCUCUAAGUCGCACGAACGCGAGAUGCUGGUGCUCAAACAAACAGGAGAUGAUGCCAAUGAUUCACCAUUAGAAGACAUGACGGUAACAGUGGUCCAGAACUUGGCUCAACCAGAGCACCACCAACAUUGCAACAUGCACACAACCAGCAAUACAUACCAAG